AUGCAUCAUAAACAUGUCAAACUUUUAGCUAGAACCCUUGGUAUUAAAUUUCUUAGUACUUCUGAAAAGUAUCUUGGUACCCCUUUAUUUGUUAAUAGAGAUAAAACUAAAACUUUUCAAUUCCUCAUUGAUAAAUUCUAUAGCAGAUUAAGUAAUUGCAAGAAAACUAACUUGAAUGUUGCUGGUAGAACGGUGGUCACUAAACAUGUCCUUUCUAGCCUAGCUGUAUAUCAUAUGUCUAGUUUUCUUUUCCCUAAAAACAUUACUUCUAAGAUCGAUUCUAUUCAGAGAACUUUUUGGUGGUCAAAGAAAGAUCCUAGAAGAGCUGCCUACUAUCGUUCUUGGGGUGAUAUUGGUAAAUCCAAAUUAAAUGGUGGUCUUGGAAUUAAAAAUUCUUUUGCUACUAACAGAGUGUUUAUUGCAAAAAUUGGUUGGAGAUUGUAUAAGAAUACGGAUCAUUUAGUAUCUAAAUUUUUCAAGGAUAAGUAUUACCCAAAUCAAAAUCUGCUAGAGAUCGACAAAGCUGUUAAUUCUGCUUCCUGGACUUGGAAGGGCAUAGUAAAAGGUUUGAUAAUAUUUUUUAUAAAAUUAAUGAUGAAUAUUAGUCUUAUUACAUCGCUGUUUUCUCAGGAUGUAGUCAACAAAAUACUUGCGCUUAGAAUCAAUACUAGUAAACAUGACACUGUCAUGUGGGCUCACACUAGAAAUGGAAUUUUCACUAUUAAAUCUGCUUAUAAAGUGUAUAUGAAUGAAUCUAUAACCCCUGAAGAUGCUUCUUUUUGGAAGAAAGUUUGGUCUUUAGAUUGCCUUCCUAAGAUUAAAUUUUUUAUGUGGAAUUUUUUUGCUUAUAUGUUGUCUGUUAACUCUCUCCUUAUGUUGUAUAAUCCUGCGGUUGAUGACAGUUGCCCUCUUUGUAAGAAUGAGUCUGAGACUGUGAUGCAUUUGUUCUUUAAAUGUCCCAUGGUUGUCCAUAUUUGGUUUGCUCUCUCCUUGCAGCAUUUGGUUGUGGGAAUUUGA